CGAGCUAACUCGACACUACGAAAAUGCGCAAGAGUCGCGAAUGCCUAGCUCGAUAUUGGAUAUUGAACAUAGAAUUCUGCUAUGGCACUAAAUUCAGCGUUGGUGGUUCGUAAGUAAGUUUAUUGUGGUUCUCUUGUGGUGCCCAUGACUAUGCUAACUCCGCAAUGGAAGAGGACAUUUGGCUCGAAAGCACGAGAACAUAAACAAUGUCGAAUUAUCGAGUAGUAUGAUUGUCGAGCUUGCAAAGCCCGAGGAAUUUGUCCCUGCAAAUGGAACUGAUUCCGGACUUUCGCUUCUUGACGACACAACAUCUUCACGCCGUCAUGAUCCUGCAACGGCACCCAAAGAUAUUGUCCACGAUCUUCAGUCCUUGGGCUCCCAGUUCUCUGCUUCUGCUGAGAUACAUGUAAUGUCCCCCUUCACCAAGGAAGAAGCAAAAGAACGUCCAGCAUGUCAAUACCACUCUCGAAUUUUCCAGCGCCUUGUCUCGGUGGACAUUGUUCACAAGGACCGUGAUAUCCUGGAACGAUAUCUUGUCGAAAGUCCUGGGAGACAAUAUGCCGUAUUCUAUCGUGUUGGGACAGAAUACUUAUCCACGUCCAGAAAUUGCACUUGUUACUCAGUGCACGAUUUCCAUCUAUGACCGAUUGACUGCUUCAAGCUUCCCAGAAAUUGUUAGCUAUGGGUUAUAACCAGGAGGCAGGAUUGGUAGUGUCUGCGAAUUAUAUUCGAGUGAUCAGAGGUGGCCAGGUUUAUUCAAAUCAAUUGAAUAGUUAAAGUUCAAAUCAAAUUCAAUGAUCAAAAUGAUUUCAG